AUGACGUGGAGGCCUGGUAAGAUCGUUGUUGAGCUAAAGGGAAGGCUUAACAAAUGUGGUGUUAUCAGUCCUCGUUUUGAUGUUGGUGUUAAGGAGAUUGAGGGUUGGACCGCUCGUCUACUUCCUUCCAGACAGUUUGGUUACAUUGUUCUGACCACCUCUGCGGAGAUCAUGGAUCACGAAGAAGCCAGGAGAAAGAAUGUUGGUGGCAAGAUGCUUAAAUACUGUGGAUAA